GGGGGGGCGGGGCCGGGGAGUCGGUGGCACGCGGCCGGGAGGACGGACAUGCCCUUGGCUAAAGACUUAGUGCAUCCAUCCUUAGAGGAUGAGAAGAAGAAACACAAAAAGAAACGGCUGGUUCAGAGUCCAAAUUCUUACUUUAUGGAUGUAAAGUGUCCAGGCUGCUACAAGAUCACCACGGUGUUCAGCCAUGCCCAAACGGUGGUUUUGUGUGUUGGUUGCUCAACUGUGUUGUGCCAGCCAACGGGAGGCAAGGCCAGGCUCACAGAAGGAUGCUCAUUUAGAAGAAAGCAACACUAAUGAUCCAUUCAUCCAGUCUGACUCUAUGUAACCCUCAGCCUUAUCUGUUCAGCAACACCAGUUAAUUCAACAAGUUAGUAUAAUUACAUAUGACUUUGUAGAGUAUACAGCAAUGAUCUCCUGUUUUGGAACCUGUUUUUCAAUAAAGUUUUGAUUAUGUGCAACGUUUUCCUUUGUGAUUACCCUCUCUAGAGGGUGUUUUUCCUUUAAUCAACUAGUCUGAGCCACAAUCACCUGCUGUUUUAGAAACAAUCUCAACUAUUUGCCUAAUUACUCCUUCUGUUAAAUGCAAACUGCUGCCCUGUCAAUUCUAUGCUCAUUAUAAAUUAAAAGUGAAUUAAACCAUGA